CGGUUGCUGCUGCUGGCUGGUGCAUCAGCAAGUCAAGGAAACGAGGAGUCUAUCACACCAUUGAUUAUCGCCUCGUACAAUGGGUUUGUGUCGAUUUGUCGCCUUCUCCUCACCACCGGCCAUGCAAAUGUGAACCAGCAAGAUAACACACAAAAAUCCGCACUCUUACUUGCCUCGUAUGCAGGCCAUGUAGAUGUUAUGGCUGAGCUACUAGAACAUGGUGCAUCACUAAACACACUUGACCAGUACGGAUGGUCCUCGCUUAUGCUUGCCGCCUAUGCAGGCAAAUUAGAUGCUUGCAAAUUAUUACUUGCGCACGGAGCUGAUCCACAUAUCAGAACCGCUAAUGGUAAAACUGCCCGUAGUUUAGCCUGGGAUGCAGGCCACAAGUCAAUCGCCGUGUACAUAUCGAAGUUUCUUGCUAGAGGCAACAACACCUCGUCGUCUUCUUCAGGACCAAGCUCAAGUAUGAGCUCUCGAACUUUGGUUCAACAGACGCUACCCUCUGCACCAAGGUCAUCGUCUAGAAGAACACAUUCACCUGCACCCUCCCUACCCUCAGUUCCAGAAGAAGGCUUAGAUGGCAGUCAUUAUGCGACUCAACGUUCAUUUUCUGGUCAAAACAGUACUGUUACUCGACAGUCUGCGUUAUCUCGUCGACAUUCUCGUCGCCCACACCCGAUCUUUAUAUCAGCUGUCUCGCCUAGAGCAGGUGAGGAGGAGCCAGUGUCUCCAAUACCCACAGCUCUGCCUGCAAGCCGCCUUGUAACCAUUUUCGAUCCUCCGAUUGAUGUAUCACCUGCAGAACAGAGCUCGGACGCAGGAUCUUUUGCAUCCGUAUCUGCAUCAGUACCCUCUGCGCAGGAACAAAACUCAACAGUCAUCUCCCCUGCUCAUGAGGCUGUUGAAAACAAUAAUCACACAAGCGAGAGUAGCGGGAGUGCCGAUGACGCCAAUAGCAAGCAGAGGAAGUUAACAGCCUUAAAACCAUCUCCGCUGCAAAUUUACAGUAUAUAUCGUCACAAUAUUAAACCAAAGUAUGGUUCCAGAGAUCUUCAUUUCAGUGCUUGCAACCAUCGUGAUGACGACAGUGUCUCUGCUCCACGCUUGAUUAAGCUCAAGGGUCGUCCCGGCAACAGUUCUGCGGCGCAUGCCAAGGAGAAGGAUGCAGAAAAUGAAUUAAACCAAAGAGUCAUAAAGCAUUAUCAACAAUCAAUAAAAAGGCCUAGGAAUAAACUUUGGGUGGGGUUGUCGCAGCUAGCAGCCUUUUGUUGCCCAGCACGUUUUUUCCCCAGAGCGUGGAGUAAGGAUAUGUGUCAAGACUGGCGUGAAAAAUUUCUUCUUGGCGUUUUGUUGAUAGGGUUCUCAUUCACUAUCGGGUUCAUAGCCAUUGGCCUCCCGCUGCUGACAUGCAGGCCCCGCUCAGUCCAAGCCUUGUCUCUUCUCGAAUUCAGUGCCCGUUACAGAAAUCCAAGUCAAUUACUAGGACCAGGGACGAAUGGUCUAAUGGUGAUUCGGGGCGGUGUGUAUGACGUUGGCUCUUUCUUUAAAGCCGGUUACCAUCCUCCAACCUCGGACCAAGGACAGCUCGACUCAUUCUUGACAAUGCGCUCUGGAUCCGAUAUCAGUUUCCUCUUCCCAUCAAGUCAUACGGGCACCUGUCAGCUUUUUGGCGCCGCCAACGGUUUCGGGAUGUGCACAAGUGCCCGCAAUAAAAGCGUCAACCACUGUCACCAGAGCCAGUUAAUUCAAGGAUCAUUGAGAAGUAUCGCUCGAAACGAUAUUCGAAUCACCUACUCUUGGAUGGAUAUUAAGAAAAUGAAUGAGCAGGGUCGCAGCUUGUUUGUCUAUGAUGGAUCAGUUUUUGAUGCAACUGAUUACUUGAAUCAGACAAUGGAGCCUUCUAUCACUCCCGAAGAAAAUAAACGGAUGGACUGGGUUCGUACCCUUGUUGGCAAGGACGCCACGCUGCUGGUUCAGCGACAAUCCGACCAUAAGGAGAUCUCAGUUUGCUUUAAUGAAUUUUUCAGAGUCGGUGAGAUCUCUGGACAGACUAAUGGAUGCUUAGCUUCAUUAGUGCUCAAUACAGCAGCGCUGGCGAUUGUCUUAUUGAUCACGAUUUUACGCCUAGUUACUGCACUUGUUUACCGUGUGAUAUUUAAUCAGCGGCCAACAUAUGAGUCAGGGAAGAGCACCUCUGUACCGGAACCUGGUUCCAGAGUCAAAACUGAGAACCACAUCUUGAUGUUUAUCGCUUGCAACGCGGACGAGCCCGAGACUCGAAUCAAGGCAACACUCGAUUCAUUGGCAUUAACUGAUCAUGAAGAUGACCGAAAGGUCUUGAUGGUUGUUGUAGAUGUUGCAACAGAUCAAGAAGGGAACCCCAGCGGGGCGUUAUUGUCUUGUCUGAGACAGAUGGUGACAUCACAUGUAAACACGUCUGACUUCGAAAAGACAGCAAAUGUUGGUUUAGCGCCGGAUCAGGACAUUGGCCCUUUGGCGAUUAGCAGCGUCGAACCAGUCUGUAUCGCUUCUGAUGAUGAUGGAUCUACAACAAGAGUGUAUUCUGGUCACUAUGUGGUGGAGACGAGACGAGUCCCUUAUGUAGUCAUCGCCUGCUUAUCUCGCCCAAAUAACCUCUCACUAUCCUACUAUGGAGACUGGCAGAAGAAGAAAAUGGUCAUCCGUUGGCUAUAUCGCAUCUGCUUUAACGAGCCAAUGUCGGCUAACGAAUUCAAUCUUUGCGAGAAAAUACGAGCGUUGAACCAUGUUGGGCCAGAAGCUUUUGACUCGCUUCUCAUGACAGAGAUUGGGAGCGUAUGUGCUCGACAAAGCGUGAGGAGUAUGAUCCAAACACUUCAAGACGAUGAGCGAACUAUUGGAGUCGCUGCCCAUAGACUAAUUGCGAAUCAUACAGAGAGUUGGCUGACGAGGAUUCAGAAUUUCGAAAACCAUCUAGCGCAGCACUUUUCAAGCGCAUUCGAGUCGACUCUAGGUGCUAUUCAAUGCCUUCCAAGUCAAUUAUCAAUCGUUAGGAUCAAGAUCAAGUGCCGUAACCAGCAUCGUCAGUUUUCGCAUAAUAGUGUUUCCAACCAACGUUUAUACCCUGGUGAAGUAUCAGCUAUACCUUGGGCUGGCGAGGCAAAUGGCGCAACUAAUGCAAAUGGAAGUGAAGGUAUAGAUCUAGAGCUUGGAGAAGACAAGCAGCAGAGCAUUGACGAAAACAGGCGCACGAAGGAAGGUCAAGAUUACAAUCGGAAAGAAGACAUAGAGGAUAUGCAAUACUUCCUACCGAUUUUGGUUCAUCCCGAUGUGGUAUCCGCCUUUGUUAGUCACAAGCCGAGAGCUCUACACCAACGCAGUAGGCUUUUGCGAGGUGGGGACAGCCGUUAUCUGACAGGAUUACUUCAUCGGUCACUACCCAAACACCGUAUUAUCUAUCUGCCAGAUGCUACUUAUCAAUCUUUCGCGAGUGUGAGCUUUCGAGAGUACUUUCAGGAGCAAUGUCUACUCCUGAUUACUUCAUUCCAUAACCUAUGGACAAUGAUGUGGUCCUCAAGGCUUCGCGGUAUCUUUUGCUUUUCCGUCAACUGCUUGGCUCUCUUGGAAUGGUUCAACUUGGUUCUUUUGCCUAUCGCUGUCAUGCUGUCAUGGACUUUGAUGACACUUGUGAUUGUUGGAACUACGAUGAACAUGAGCUCUCUGUAUUCUUUGCCAGUAGUAUUGACAUUGGCGAUCAUGCUAUGCUCAACAAUACUUCAGCCAAUACUCAGCAUCUUGUUGAGCCGACGACAUACACUCCUUGCCGAUUUGAUUGACCUUUGUUUGUUUUUGCUGUGCAUGCCUCUUAAAUAUUUGAUUAUACCGAUUUGCGCACAUUGGCGUCUCAAUGUAGAUCAUGGGUCCUCUUUACCUCACGAGGUCACCUACAUGGAAGGUUCCCCUCCGUUUUUCCCUGUGGAUAGCUCACUAAAGGCAGUCAUAACCAGCCCUGCGAAUGGCCGAAAGCUGCGAUACUGGGUGGAAUGGAAAGCUAUAAGGCCACUGAGUGUUGCUGAGCCAGUUACAAUAGGCAGCAUGGACAACAUGAACAAGAGAGAGCUUAAGAUUGAGCACACGCGUGUGAUGGCAUGAACUGGUGCCCAGUCUGGGGGCGCUUGGCUUAAUACCUGUAGAUACUUUGUACAUAUUACCUCUCCCACAUACACCCUUGACUUUACCUUAAUAGUUCUCUAUAAUACUUAAUUCAUAAUAAUUUCACGCGUCCAUAGUUGGGCGUGACGUUCUUUCAAACUCAG